GUACUUCAACGGAAAAUCGAUCAACGUUAGCCUUGACUGGUUUGACAUAAAGGACACAAUCAAAAGGAUCCCCCUCUUUCCGCUACCCUGAAUCCAUCCGCUGAAAAUGAAUCUCGACAAUCUGUUCGACCAUCUACCGUACAUGGCAUACGCUUUCCGAACAUUAUCCACCGAGGAAAAACUCAAGCUGGAACAUUCCCUGCGGAUAUUGCAACGUGCACAACGGCUACAAUCCGUGUACUUCUUCGGAAAACUCGAAGGCCUCGACGGCCACUACACUCUGGCAUUCGGUUGCCCAGGUUGGGAUGUCUUCAAGAACCGGAAGCUGUUCUACUCGCAAAAUCUGUACGACUGGUUUUUGCUGCUGGAACCCAAGCACUGGAGCGAGGACUGGCAGUACAUCAGGCAUCCUUUUCAAGGGGACCCGGCGUUCAAACAGGCAGUCGACUUGGGACCGGAAUUCACCCUAAACGAGGAUCAAGUGCCGAUCGAGGGAGCUCGAGGCCAGUUUGUGGUGAAAGAACAGGACCGACUGUGGUAUGUGAUGACUAGGAUUCUCCAGGAAGCAGCCAUCGUUCCACGUGGCGUGUUGUACCACAGUACGGAAGGCGAAUGCGUCAUCAAUCCGUUUUACGGUGGACUCGAUAUCAAUGAAAGCGUGAGCGUUGUGAACUAUCACCACUUCCGGAAGCCGAUUUAUGGCGCCAAAGAGAACCUGCUGAAACGCGAGAAUUGCAGUUACUUCGUGGACGUAUUCGAUCCAGCGGAUGACGUCAUUCCGGAGCACAAAAGCUUCGUUGUGACACGUGAUCGCGAGAGGGAUGUUUUUGUGCUGAAAUCGUUGCACUGGCCUGGAAUGGUUAGCUUCCAUCGUGUGAGUUCGAAUAUUUACGGGUUUUUCUAUUUCGGUGACGGGAGGAAAAAUUGGGAUAUGCUUUUCAUGCUGUGAGGGUUAAAUUUUGAAUGAUAAAUAAACCAAGUUCUCAGUAACAAAGG